CACACCUAAACAUAUCCCAAACCCACAUAUCUCAGUAUCUAUCUCUGAUCUGUACUCUCUCUCUCUCUCUCUGACUCUCUUGAGCCAAAACCGUAGCAGACACUGAAUCGAAUCCUCUGAACUCUGACUGAUCCUCAAUUCAUGGCUUCUUGACCAGGUCUAAAUGUAUUAUUCUAGAGAUAUUCUUUGGGGCACUAUCGGCCGUGGAAGCUGUUCGAUCAUAUGAAGUGCUUACUUCGCUGGAUUGGUUCGAUUGCCAUCGAGUCAGAUUCGCAUUUGUUUCAUGCUUUCGUGCAGGAUCGUUUCUGUAAAUUUGCCCAGGUGGGUAGGGAGCGACUAGAUUCAUUUAGUGGAAACAUUGUUUUGGUGUUACGUUGUGCUUUCAAGCUUGGCAAAGGAGGAAAAGGGCUAUAUUAUGGGUGAAGGAGAGGAGGGUAUCGAACUUAAAUUCCGCAUUUACGAUGGUACAGAUAUGGGCCAUAGUACUUAUGCAUCAUCGACGACGGUUGCAACUCUUAAGCAAAAGCUUGUUGCUGAGUGGCCUCAAGACAAAACGACCACUCCAAAGGCAAUUAAUGAUGUAAAACUCAUACAUGCUGGUAAAAUCUUGGAGGAUAACAAAACACUUGCUGAUUCCAGAAUAACUAUUGGCGACCUUCCUGCUGGUGUUAUUACCAUGCAUGUUGUGGUACAGCCUCCUGCCGCCAAAAAGAAGACAGAUGAGGAGCAUAUGCGAAAGAUGAAUUCAUGCUCCUGCACCGUCCUUUAAUUUCCGAAGCACACUCUCUGUAUGCUGUUGAAGAUUUGAAUCAGUGGUUUUACAUUUUUGCUUUCCUUGAUGAUGGAAGUGUAAUGUAGCCUUAUAAAUAGCAAUUAUGAUUCGUGCAGGUUGCCCUUUUUUGUUCUUGUAAUUGCUUCUAUUGUUUUUCAUAUGUAGUCAUUCUCUUUUAACUGAAAUCAGAAUAUCUACCACGGUUCUUUUUGUCGA